CGAACGAUCGAAAAGCUUGGUCAGUUGUAGCGCCGACUCGGCUCGAAGUUGUGUAGUUUGAAGGCACACCACUGUACAAAAUAGAAGCACGUUUUUUUUUGUACUAACUUACGUAGAAGCAGUUGACGUUUUACAUAAAGACGACGCGAGAAAAUUUGUAGAACAAUGUCGCACCAAUCUGCACACUGGGGAAAAUUCAUAUUCGUAUAUAUAUUACAAUUAUCAUAUGCAACUUCUACGAUGCAAGUACAACUGAUAGCGCCGUACUACGUUACGUACGGUAGUACAGCUACUCUGCAUUGCAAUCAUAGUGUCCCAGAUGCUUCCUUGCAUAAAGUCGAGUUCAUGAAGGAUGACAAGAAGAUAUUACAAUAUAUAAAGGAUAGGAAACCACCGUUCCUCGAUUCGAGAGUAGACGGUGCAAACAUGGAGUACUCCGAAAAUGGCACGACAAUCAAAUUAAAGAAUGUCCGUUUCGAUGCUUCUGGUUCGUAUUCCUGUCAGGUCUCGAUGACGACUCCUAUUUAUACGCAGGCUUCCGAAAGCGUAACAAUGAAAGUUAUAAUACCACAGACUGAAAAUCCGAAAAUCACGUUCAAGAAGGGCGUAUACGUGGUCGGCGAAAGUUUAGAGGCGAAUUGCACGUCCUCGGCUGCUCGUCCAGUUCCUCAUUUGGCUUGGUACAUAAACGGCAAGGAGGUGGAUAUCAGUCUGGUCCACCACUAUCCGCAUACGCGUCACAAGGAUCAAUUGAUGUCCGCUACUGCGAAACUGACCAUAGAGGUGUCCGAGUUACAUGCAGGAGAGAAUGGAUAUCUGGAGAUCAGCUGCUACGCAACAAUACCGGAUUAUCCCCUGAACCACGUGGAGUACGCUGACAUCAGGAAAGAAACGGUCUCGGUGCAAAUUAUACCCGCACCGAUAGUCGACUCCUCAGCAUCAAACGUCGCGCAAGAAUGGCUACCAUUAGCCACGUUACUAUGCAUACUCUGCGCGAUGCAUAAGAUCAUUCCUUAAUAAAAGUCAAUUGCUUUAGGAUAAUUAAAACGAAACAAACUAAGCAGAACGAAGAGAAGAGAAAACAAGAAAAAAUAACUAAAAAAAAAAAAAAAGAUGUGUAAUAUACGUAAACGCGAAGACUAGACGUGAGCGCAGGAUAAAAAAAGAGUCAACACGAGGGAAGGGGCAAUAUACAUUAUAUAUAGGUAUAUAUGAAUAUUAUAUACAUAUAUAUAUAUUAUUAAAGAACGAACAAUCACAAUGUCUUCCUUGAUUAUACCGAAAUACACGGGGGCAGCGGUUUUAUUGUCUUGCAGAAAUUUUAUAACUCAAAUAGACGCGGCUUCUUCGUGCAUCUAUUUUCGAUUGUCGCUUGUACCGAUCGUUAUCUAAAUAUUUCGCGGAGGACAAAUUCCGUUCGUUUUCCUGGUCGCGUCUAUUCCCAAUAGUCCGUACCAUGGAAACGGCGACAGUGAACAAAAUGAUGAAAACGAGAAGGGAAAGAACAAACUAACGUAGCGAAUAUAGAGAAUACCGCCGGUUAGUAGUGAUUUUUUCUAAAAUUAAAAAAAAAUAUAUGAAAAAAGAAUGAGACACAUACACGGGCGCAUUCAUCUCCUCUUAACGUCUAUUGCUGAAGAUUAACUCGUUUACGAUCAUUCAAAUGUCUGUCUAUACGUUCAUUGUGCACAUCUACGUUCAGAUCCUUUAACGACGUUAACUCUGUGUACGAUAUAAUUUAUUCGUUUUUACUCGAGAAGAGAUUUAUUGUAUUCGCGGGAAUAUUAUACGUAUACAUAUAUAAACUACUAUUUUAUGUAUGUAUAGUUUAGAGAAAUAUCGCGCUAUACAUAUUAUACGGUGAUUGUUGUGAUCUUGACGAACUGAUCUGUUCGUCCAAUCAAUGUAACAUAAUUAUCGGAGACGGUGCAAUGAAUGUCAAUUCGUAUUUCGAAUUUCUUGUUCGAAAUUAACAGGUAUAAUCGUAUAGGAAAUCAUUGUUUCAGAGACAAUUGUGACCGUUCAGGGGUACUUAAUUAUUUAUAGAUUUCGGCACAUUUCCUGAAACAUUUAUAAUUUUAAUCUCUAUUCCGUGGCACAUAUGAGUACCUUCUUCAAGUUGAUAUUUCCGUUUUAACGUGAUAGCUAUUGACGAAUAAUGUAUACGGUACAUAUGUACGUAUUAUAUAAUUAUCCUAAUAGUUCUUUUCGUAUCGACGCGCAUAAACAAGAUGAAUAUUGUGAUCGGUUGCUUAACGUUUUUACAUUCCUACUUGUAAUACACGCAGUCUAAGUAUUGAUUGUAAAGCUAAUUUAAGUGAGAACGAAGAAAUUAUCUAUAUAUUUCAUAUACAUACAUAUCGCCAUAUAGAGAAAUAUUAUAAUUAAUUAUACAUGUAUGACAUACAUAUACGAGCUUCGUACACGUGUGCAUGUGAAUAUUUCGUUUGCAAGUAUCUCAGAUGUUUAUAUAUAUUAUAUAUAUGUAUAAAGAAAAGUUAUAGAUAGUUAUAUAUGUGUGUAUGUCUGCUGGCAAACGCGACGUGUAAUCCAAAGCUGGCAUCCUAUUGACAAAUCAGAAGUUAAGACUGUUGUACCUUGUUGUAUCGUGAACCUCUACUACAUAUACCAUUUAUUUUCCUCGGAUUUUGUCACUUGUUCCUCGUGUUUCGCACAAAUCAAAGGAAUUUCAGAUAUUUAAACGCAUAAGAACGACAAUGAUUACUUAGACUUACAAUUAGACGAUUCAACGCAGAAGGAAUGUAACAUUGUUAUAUAAGAAAAGUUUCGAAUUUUAUUAUCAAACAUGCUUCUUUAACUCGUUACAAUAAUUUAUUCCAUUGCGUCUACAUUAUUCAGCAAAACGUGUUAACAAUCUCCACUUAAAGUAACUGCCACUCUUUUAUUAGCAUUAGAGCUCGAAAUUAUACAUAUUUUAUGUCCAAUUUCAUUUAUUAAUUUAUUUCAUUUAUUAGAAGUCGGAAUGUAUGACUCGUGCAAAGUUUAAUAUUUGCAUCACCUCGAUAUCUAUUAGGAAGCUAUAUUUUCGAGUUGACAAUUAUAGCAGUAGCCAGAAUUUUCGCUUACUCCUAUUUCAUCUCUCGAAUGAAAUUAGACGAGCAGCUACUGCAAGAAUUACGUCCUGAACUGAACUCCCUGACCUGAAUUUAUUAAUAAUGAGAUGCAAACAUGAAUUUAUUACAAUAUCAUAUAAUCUACUAUAAUAAGAGGAACAAUAUUAUAUUACAUUAUGCAAUAUAACAUUUUGCUCGUUGCAUUUCCAUCAAAUCGUAUAACUUAGCCAUAUAACAUGUUUUGUUAUGCAUAAUGUAGACGCAGCUUUAAGCGAUGCAUUUCAUUGUUCGUACAGCAAGACAGGACCCUACGGCUGACUUGAAUAACAUGUAGCAUAGCAUGGAGGUAUGUCCCCUUAUGAAAAUACGAUAACUCCUUCGUAUAUUAUGUGCCCAUGUCCUAUUUUUAACGAAAGAGUAAAAUGAGUGAAAUAAAAAAAGAAAAAGUUUGUACGCGCAUACCUCAUCAAAGGGAAAUACCAAACAACUUUGUCUUCGUAAAUGCUCGGCUUCUGUGCACGCUUAUAAUCGUUUAUCAUGAGCAGAAAAACAACGUCGUAUAAUUAUAGAAUUUCCUUGCCUACGCACCGGAGCUUUGCUAUGUACAUACGUCGAUCAAUAAAAGUGUGUAUCCGACGGCUUUCCGGGACAUCCCACGUGUGCACGAUUCUAAAACGCUUCCGUUCCCUUUUUAUCUUCUCUUAAUUUAACAUAUUCUGUACAAAAGUGGAACCAGAGGAAAAAGCGUAAGAGCGAGGGCGAAAUAAAACGGAAAAGUGUGCGUGGGCGAGAGAGAGAAAGAGAAAGAGAAAGAGAGAGAGAGAGAGAAAGAGUGAUGUAUCUAUUAAAGUGGUAAGAGUUUUUUAGCCGGUGAUACUUUCGACGUGCAUAUCGUGUAACAUAUUGUAGCGUUAUAAUUACACGUAAAGAGUUAAUCUUUUCGAGCCUCACGGCUACUCGAUUGUCCCUGUUCUCGAGAGGCGCGCGAUAAUAGCCACGACACAAUGCCGAUACAAUGGAGACGCUGACAAACGCGACCCAGCUCACCCACUAUACACCGUGAGUUGGCACAAACUUGAGUUUUCAAUAAAACUUCCGGAAUCCGGUGAACAACGCGUCAUAAGAUGAUUCAAAUGGUUUCGAAGUGUAAUCAUGUCUUCACUUAUUUUCUUCAAAUAUAAAACCUUCAGUGGGUCAUAUCUGACGUCAAUGAAACUUUAAGCUCGUGUGGUAUGAUGAGUAAUUUACGAAUUAAGAAUUGAUGAUUUUUAUGAUAAUGCAACCCUUUCAAUUUCAACUGGAAAUAAUUUACGUGUAUUACAUACAUAUAUAGUGGGAAAAAAUAUAAAAAUAGUGAUUUCAAUCUGGACGAUCAACCUCGAUCUGACCAGUUUCUACGAAACAGGUCAGGAAUACACCUGUUUAUAAAAAGAAAUGAUAGAAAACAGGGAAAUGAAGAACAUGAAAUAUAAACGCUUGUAUUAUAA